AUGGCCGACUACCAGGCCCUGAAGGCCGACAACGAGCGACUCAAGACCGAGGUCAGUGGCUUGCAGAAAAGGACUAAGAAGCAGGAGAAAGAGCUUGCGACCAAGAAACCCAAGCUCAAACAGCCACCGACCUACGAGGGUGAUCAAGCUUCCCUGGAGGGAUGGUUGACUACCCUACGCUCCUACUUCAAGUAUCACGACGCCAUGUUCCCUGAGGCAGAAGAUAAGAUGAUUUUCGCCUCAUCCUGCAUGGGGGGAAGAGCCAAGAGGUGGUUCAGCAAGUUCGAGGCUGAGUACAACACCUUCACCAACCGGAACGCCUGGGACGAUAUCACGACAGACUGCUACCAGAGCUUCGACAAGUUCUCGGAGCAUAUUUCGGCCCUGUUCGGUGAAGUGGAUGCGAAGCGACGCAGCCAGGCUCGACUCAAUACCUUGAGGUAG